CUCUCUCUUCCUUGUCAGCUAUGGGUUCUUCUGGAAGAUGGAUGCUCUGGACCUUAUGUGUGUGUUUCACUGCUUGGGAGAAUGCUGCACUCAGUGUAACCAUGAGGGAAUCCAGUCUGGAGGUGGUUCGGGGGGAUUUUGUUGUCCUGCCCUGUUCUUUCAUCACCUUCUCUCGCCUCUCUAGACUCAACAUUAUCUGGACGCUGGCUCCCUUCUCUAGUCCAGAGACCCCAAUACAGGUGAUUGUGUAUGAUCAUGGACAGGUGAUAGAAGACCCCUCCCUGACAGGCAGAGUGGGCUUUACAGGUCUGCCCUUUAGUGCCAACAUCAUACUGAACAACACCCGAGUAUCAGAUGCUGGGAUUUACCGCUGCAUGGUCAACAAUCCACCUGAGUCUGCAGAUCCUGGCAUAGGAGAGCUGGUGCUCAGUGUUCUGGAGCCACCUUCUUUGCCUGUGUGCCAGUGGGAUGGAGAUAUUGAUAUGGGAGGAAGUGUCACACUGUCCUGCUUGGUGGCAAAGGGCGUCCCUACUCCAGAUAUCCGUUGGCAGAAAGUGAAUCCAGAGGAAAUAUUACCUCCCAUCAACAUGAAAGGGGGCCUGUCAAGCUCAGUGCAAAUAGUCAAUGUGUCAGCUAAGACGUCGGGCCUGUAUCGCUGCUCUGCCUCCAACAUCCUGGGAACAGAGAAUUGCUACGUCAACUUGGCCAGUUACAGAACCCCAGACAGCCCCUCAGGCUUACUGCAGGGUGUGCUGCUGACGUUGUCCAUGAGUUUGGUCCUGCUGGCUUUACUGGUGCUCAUCCUGUGGCUGCAUCGCACAGGGCAGGGCGGGAGGUGGAAGGAGACAAAGCCAGAAGAGGAGGAGUGUUACAACGAGAUACGGUACACUCCGUCUCUGAUGAAACGUUCCUUUGUCUGAUCAGGGUUGAGGCUUAUUCUAAAACUCAACCCUGGUAUCACACAUACACACACACACACACACAAAAGGACUUUAUAGACUUGUUAGAUUUAGCUAAAUAAUGAGUUUGUGCAGCUGAUUCACCUCUACC